AUGAACUCAAAAUAGUUAAAAUUUUAAAUAGAAGUUGAAAAUCCAAACAAGGAGAAUGAAUGUUAUUAAGAUGGACAUAGAUUUAAUAAAUAAAGAAUUAGUCGUAUUCCUCUAACAGAUAUUACUGAUAUAUUAUAUCCUAAAAGAACAGAAAUGAAAUCAUCACCUCUUAAAUGGGUUCAAUUAAAGUUCUCCUCCACUAUUUAAUUGAGAUGA